UCAAUUUCUAUUUUCUAGUAAAAAAUUUAAAAUGGAUUUUGCAGGUCUCUGUACCUUUUUAUAGGUUUUUAUUGCUUUAACGUUUUAUACUUGUGUUUAAACACGAUAUCAUGACUGAACAAGAACUUGCAAUGGAGAAACUGGAGGAGACGGUGAAGCACGCGGACCAACAACUGGACCUCAUGGAGUGGAAGAUGGACAAUGUGGAGCGAGAGAUGGCAUGCCCCGUCGACAACCAGGACGUCUGCAUUAUAAACCUGUUGAAGUCCGUGUCCGAGGUGCGGUCGGAGUACGCAUCGCUGCGGCGCGAGCUCGGCGAGGUGCAGGCGCUGCAGCGCGAGCUGUCGGCGCGCCUGCGCUCGCAGCUGCGCCAGGUUCACGGCCGCUUCGCCCGCCUGCGCGACCGCCUCGCCGCCGCCGCCGCCCGCCCCGCGCCGCCUUAGGCGCCCUAGGCGCCCGCCCCGCCCGAUCGCUCUCGUCUGGAACGCAUCGAUCGAAUAUUUGAAGCAGUGAUUACUAAUCUAAAUUGUAUAAUUUUAAGUAGAAGUGAGUACGUUACGUUUCGUGUUAUGUGUAAUGGACACGGUACUUCCAUUUUAAUAACGAAUUAAAAGCACCUAGCUAGGAUUACGUACCUAUACCCGGUGCCAAACGUAUUACGUAGGUUUACUGAUAGCACGUAGUCGGUAGUGAGACGAUGCUCAAUUAUAUAGUACAAGCUCGCUAGCCUGCGGGCAGCGGGCGCACGUGUCUCUCCCUGGCACAUUUAUUGCAUUUACCUGCAUUUACGAAGAUCUCUAAUGUAGUUGUGAGAAUAUUGAACGUAAUGUAUAAGAUACGGCGUAACCGCGUUAGACGAUUCGUGCGCACCGAGCGCACCGAGUCGCAAGUCGCAACUAGUCCCCUAGACCGCCUAGACGCUAGGUAUUGUGCGUUCGCGAUAGAUAUACGAUAUCUUUGGUGCUACACGCGCGGGGCUCCGGUCCCGGGCUGUAUUCAAUAAUCUCAUGUCGAUGUUUUAAAUGUUUUUAGAAAAGUUAAUCGUCGCAGUUCACUUAAUUUUAACGGUAGGUAAAUCACAAAUUUAAUAAUUUCUAUGAUUGCAAGUGUUAAAUCAUUAUAUUAUGUGCAUUUAAUAUUUAUACUUUUUUUAAACAGUCGUAUCACAACGUUCGGUCGGUACUCGGUAGUUAAGAUGUUUCGUGAAUACAAGGCGUGCACAAUUAUACUCCUCGCUCGAAUUAGUGUACUGUAGGUUGUGUAACAACAUAUUACAUAGUCGUUAAUGUUAAUAUAUCACGUAGCUGUAGGAGGACGGCGACCUGUUGCGGGGGCGGGGCGGGGGAGGAGCCGCCAC